UUUCAAUUGCAUAUGAGAUUGGCCAUGAUGGGUUUGUAAACCAACAAAGCUCUGGUUUUGGAGGCAACAGUGGCUUUAAUCCAUUUGAGCAGAUAUUUCGUGACCAUGAUUCUCUUGGAGGAAACAGCAAAACUGUUAUGAUAGCAUGUGUCAGUCCAGCUGACACCAAUGCUGAAGAGACAUUGAACACUCUGAAGUAUGCUAACCGUGCUCGCAAUAUUCAGAACAAGGCAGUUAUCAAUCGUGACCCAGUGGGAGCUCAGAUGCAAAGAAUGCGAAGUCAGAUUGAGCAAUUGCAGUCUGAGCUUCUAUUUUACAGAGGUGAUGCUGGUGGGGCAUUCGAGGAACUUCAGAUUCUUAAACACAAAAUAUCCUUACUAGAAGCAAGCAAUGCAGAGCUACAGCGGGAGCUUAAAGAACGUCGAGUAACUUGUGAGAGUUUAUCACAACGUGCUUGUGAUGCUCAGGUUGAAAAGGACCAACUGAUCUUGAAAAUCGAAUCAAUUCGUAAUGGUAAAUCUUGGGAUGAAAUUGAAUCAAAUUCAAAUCAGGUUUGAACUCAUCAAAUCAUUUUGCUA